AUGAAUUGGUGUUUGCCAUUGAUAUUGCUCCCAGUAGUUUUGUUACAGCACACGCGGGCCGCAGCAGACAACCAUUCUACGUUGGAGGCUCUCGCGCGACGCGUCGACAACACGUACACCUCGCAGCUCACCGUCGAAGCUGAGGCCGCUGCUCACGCGCCGAACGAUCGCGCGAGGCCUGUGCGCAAUGGCCACUUCGUCGCGCCGCUGCGCCUGAGGCCACUCUCUCAGCCGCAACUCCUCGCUGUGUCGAACUCGACGCUCGAAUUGCUGAGUCUAGAUCCGCAAGAGGCGUCGCGAGCCGCCUUUGCGGCUAUCUUCUCAGGCGGUGAUGCUGGCAUCGAAGCGCUCCGGCCGCUGCAUUCCAAUCCAUGGUCCACGCCGUACGGUCUCAGCAUAUACGGUAGCGAACAAAUUUCUGAUGGCGGUGUGGGGGACGGCUACGGCGACGGCCGAGCUGCGUCCAUAUGUACGGUCGAUGGUUGGGAGUUGCAAUUGAAAGGCAGCGGCCCGACGCCAUUUGCUCGGCGCGGCGACGGCAACGCCGUGAUCCGGUCGUCGACGCGCGAGUUCCUCGCUUCGGAAGCGAUGGCGGCGCUAGGAGUACCGACAACGCGGGCGCUGUCGUUGAUCGCGUCUCGUGAUGAAAAGGACAUGGCAGCACGCCCCUGGUAUUCGACUCAGACGACUGUCGACCCGUUUUAUCGGCCGGUCCCGCCGCACGGUGGAGACAUUAUGCAUCAAGAAUUUCGCGCGAUCACGACGCGCGUGGCGAGAACGUUCGUAAGAGUCGGCAGUCUCGAGCUAUACGCGCGGCGCUGGAGGCGGACCGGCGACCCGCUCGCGAAACAACAGCUCGAGGAGCUCUUCUGGUACGUGCGAGAAAAAGAGAGCUACGGCACUGGACGCCCACUGCUCGCCGACGCCGUGCUCGACCUGAUCGUCGCCGCGCGGCGCCGGUUCAUCUCACUGGCACUCUCAUGGCAGCGCGUUGGAUACGUCCAGUCAAAUUUCAACAGCGAUAACUGCCUCGUCGGAGGCUCUACAUUAGACUACGGGCCCUUUGGCUUCAUGGAGCGCUAUGAUCCGAAGUGGGCGAUGUGGGUCGGGUCCGGCGAGCACUUUUCUUUUGGCAACCAAGUCGAGGCCGCUCGGCGAAACUGGGAGACGUUGGUGAGAAGCCUGGAACCACUCCUCGACGACGCGGCCGCCGCGACCGCCGCGCGCCAAGCCUUCGCCGACGAAGCGGAACGGGCCGAGAUGGCGAUGUGGGCGGCCAAGCUAGGCCUCGUCCAUGAUCAAGCCUCGGCUACGAAGCUAUGGGCCGACUCCGCCGCUCUCCUCGACGCGGACGUCGACUAUACGUUAUUCUGGCGCCGUCUGGCGGCCACCGCUCGGACGGACGCCGACGCGUUGGAGGCGCUCGCACCGGCGUUCUAUGUCCCGCCGUCGCCGGCAAAGGCGAAAAAGUGGCGCGAUUGGCUCGCGCGCUGGCGCCGCGCGGAACCCGACGUGAAGGGAAUGAAUCAAGUGAACCCGUUGUUCGUGCCGCGCGAGUGGAUGCUCGUGGAGGCCUACGAAGCCGCCGAGCGCGGCGACAACUCGGUCAUCGAGACGCUGCAGCGGCUGUUUAGUAGGCCGUACAGCGACGACCACGACCCUGCGCUUGUGGCCAAAUACGCCCGCCGCGCGCCCGACGGCGCUCACACGCAGGGCGGCGUCGGCUACAUGUCGUGA